AUUAUCUUUCUUGGAUGCACAGAUUCUUCUCUUUCACUCGCUUUCUUCGCUGGCCAUUUCCUUUUCUUUUUCAUUUUCCUUUAUCUUCUUAAUGCUUUUCCGAGAUCUCAACUCUCUCUCUCAUCAUCAUUUUCAUGAUGACUAUUAGAUUUUGAAACCAUUUACUUAAACAAAAUUAAGUCCUUGCUUGUCAAUUGUCAUGGGGAUAGACUACCAUUUACCGUAAGGAUUUUCCACGCUAUGUUCUUCCAUCUUACUGUGUCCCAACUGGGUUCCAUAGCAUAUCACAUCGAAGACAACUUUUGAGAGGCCUAAGCUUCUUUCUUCACUUCUGGUUUUCUUCCAGUCCAAGGCAAGAACUUGGAAAAUCUGAACUUUUGUGGCGUUUUUGCUCAAGCAGAUUUUUUGUUCUUUUCAUUAUCUCGAGUCUUUUGGAUUCAGAACCAAGAGUAUAUAGAGGAAGCCAAUGAAUUCAAAGAUUAACAGCAUGUUUUCAAUGUCAAAUAAUAACUCUGUUGGUGAUGGAGGCAGUCCAAAUAUUGCAGACUUGGAAGUUAGGCCAGGAGGAAUGUUGGUACAGAAGCGGGAUAUGAAUGGUAGUUCUCAAUCGAUUCCUACCAUUAAAGUUAGAGUGAAGUAUGGCUCUUCAUACCGCGAAAUUCAAAUAAGUUCCCAAGCAAGCUUUGGGGAAUUGAAGAAAAUGUUGGCGGAAUCUACUGGCUUGUACCCUCAGGAUCAGAAGUUGAUAUUCAAGAACAAGGAGAGAGAUUCCAAAGCCUAUCUUGAUGCAGCAAGAGUGAAAGACGGCUCAAAAAUUGUGCUUGUUGAGGACAUUGAGAGCAGAGAAAGAAGGUGCCUUGAGAUGCUAAAAAAUGCAAAGUUUGAAAAGGCCUCAAAAUCCUUGGCAGAAAUCAGUUUGGAAGUCGACAAACUUGCUGGGCAGGUUACUGCUUUGGAAGCAAGAGCUUCUAGAGACGGCGGAGUCCCGGAGGUGGAUGUGGAUGAUUUGACUGAAAUGUUCAUGGCAAAGUUAGUGAAGUUGGAUGGAGUUCUUGUUGAGGGAGACCUAAAAUUACAGAGAAGGGUGCAGGUGAGGAGAGUUCAGAAGCACAUUGAAACUCUUGAUGCAUUGAAGUUGCAAAAUUCCAAACCCAGAAGCAAUGUCGGUAAAAUCCCAUGGCAGCAACAAGCACAUUCAUCCAGACAAAUUCCUAUAAUUCCAGUUCAAAAGCAGCAGGGGCAGCAACCUUUGAGGCAUUCUGAGUCAGUUGUGGUAACAACACAAUGGGAAACCUUUGAUUAAUGCAUAGAACUCUUUCAAGGAGGACAUCCUCAAUUCAUAUGGUCAAACAAAGGCUGAUUGGGUUAUUUAGGCAUUCGUUUUUCCACUCUUUUCUGUCUCAGAUUUUAAAGAUCUCUUUAUCUCUGAAUUAUAAUGAAGGUGUGCAUAUUUAGUUAUUUUGCCUUUUGGCAUAAUCUGUUCUCUACAAUCUGUAUAUAGCAUAUGGUGGACAGGAAAAAGUAUAAGUGAAGGGAAGGGACUAUGUAUACUUCAAAUGGUUACCUAGUUAUCAAUGUGUAAUACACAAUUUGGUGAUAAUUCAAUUCAAUUGGAAGAGUUUGUUACUACA